AUGCAUGAACAAAUAGAUACCAGAGGAUGGUGUUCUGAUAGCGAGAAUCACAACCACCUCCACCUCCUCCAACCGGACUAUGACGGGUGCUGUGACUAUGACGGGUGCUGUGACUAUGGCGGGUGCCGUGACUAUGACGGGUGCUGUGACUAUGGCGGGUGUCGUGACUAUGGAGGGUGCCGUGACUAUGGCGGGUGCCGUGACUAUGGAGGGUGCCGUGACUAUGGAGGGUGCCGUGACUAUGGAGGGUGUUGUGACUAUGGAGGGUGCCGUGACUAUGGAGGGUGCCGUGACUAUGGAGGGUGCCGUGACUAUGGAGGGUGCCGUGACUAUGGCGGGUGCUGUGACUAUGGAGGGUGCCGUGACUAUGGAGGGUGCCGUGACUAUGGCGGGUGCCGUGACUAUGGAGGGUGCCGUGACUAUGGAGGGUGCCGUGACUAUGGCGGGUGCCGUGACUAUGGCGGGUGUCGUGACUAUAAAGGGUGUCGUGACUAUGACGGGUGCUGUGACUAUGGCGGGUGUCGUGACUAUGGAGGGUGUCGUGACUAUGGCGGGUGCUGUGACUAUGGCGGGUGCCGUGACUAUGGAGGGUGUCGUGACUAUGGAGGGUGUCGUGACUAUGGAGGGUGCCGUGACUAUGGCGGGUGCUGUGACUAUGGCGGGUGCCGUGACUAUGGAGGGUGUCGUGACUAUGGAGGGUGUCGUGACUAUGGAGGGUGUCGUGACUAUGGCGGGUGUCGUGACUAUGGCGGGUGUCGUGACUAUGGCGGGUGUCGUGACUAUGGAGGGUGCCGUGACUAUGGCGGGUGCCGUGACUAUGGCGGGUGUCGUGACUAUGGCGGGUGUAGCCACUGGCGUUAA